AUGAGCAAAGCCAUGAACGACUCGGAGCCCCGGGGCCACGUCACGCGCGUUAUGUGCACCAUUAUCGGCUGUGGCGUCAUCGGAACUAGCAUAGCGGACGGCCUCCAAGCGGCGGGCGGCGACACGCAAGGAACGGUCCCGCCCACGCACCAAUAUCGUAUCCGGCUCGUGACCCGGAGUGAGCAUCACAUUGCGGAUCUGCAGCAUCGCUACCCUGGCUCUUUGAUCACCAGCUGCAUCCGCAACAUGUCGCUCUGGGGAGCCCUACCUCGCCACGAGGUCUUUGGCUUGCAUGUGGUCUUAAUUUGCACUCAGCCGCAAUUUACUCGCGAUGUGUGUGUAGAUCUGAGAGCAAUAUACGCUUCUGCAAAGCACCUCAAUACCGAUGAUCCGGCUGUCAAACAAAGCAUGGUUUCGUCUUCCUCUUUGCUCUCAUCGUGGCCAAAAACGGUACUGGAGAUUCCUACUGUUUUUGUCACAGCCUGCCCGGGCAUACGAGUCAAAACCCUGGCGUCUUGGCUGCCCCAAAACGCAGCUAUCGUGCGCACAAUGCCCAACACGCCCGCUUGCAUUAGGCAGGGCGCAACGGCAGCCUUCGCCGGGCCCACAGUGACAGCAAUUCCAGGUGCGGCUGAAGCCGUCGCUGCCCUGAUACGGCACGUCUCACCCAGUUUGUGCUUUGUCCCCACAGAGGAUCUACUCGACGUGGCGGCUUCCGUGUCUGGCUCCGCACCGGCCUAUAUCUUUACUCUAAUGCAGGCAAUGGUCGAGGCGGGCGUGAGGAGAGGCCUGCCACCCGACAUAGCCGCUUCGCUGGUUAAGCAGUCAGCCUUCGGGUCGGCUGGCUUGGCGCUUCAGACCGGACAGCUUGGUUGCCUGGAGAAACUUACGAGCGAUGUCUGCGUUCCAGGGGGCAGUACCUCCCAGGCUAUGAUGGUCCUGCACGAAGAAGGAUUUGCCUAUUAA